CAGACGUUGUGCAAGCAGGGAGCACACACGGGUUUUUGAAAAGUGUGGUUAUGCAUCCGUUUCUGGGAAGCGCCAGGAGACCACAUUGGAAAUUGUCUACAGUGCUGCAGGUCUUCUCUUACAAAGCCCUCGGCUCUCAUGCCUCCCCGCGGGGGACUGUUUGACUGUGAGGACCCCACCGUCUGGAGAGCCGUCCUCGACCAGUACUGGGAAGUGGUUGGGCUGAAGUCCGCGGGGAAGAACCGAAAGCAGGGCAAACUGCUGCUCCUGGAAAAAUGGUACCAGGAAGAGCUACCGGCAGCCAUAGCGAGUCGACCGGAGCCCUUCCUUCAGCACCUGGAGCUGGUGAAACUGAUGGAGUGGAAGCUGACGAGAGGGAAGUUCCGGCCGAGGCUGCAGCAACUGGUGGCCACGAAUCCCAGUGACGCAGUGGAGCGGUGCACCAGGAAAGCCUUUGGUCUUCUCCCAGACACGCGGGCGGCCAUUGCUGAGCUCAGCUCGCUGAAGGCCGUGGGGCCGGCCACAGCCUCAGCGGUUCUGGCGGCCGGAGCUCCCGACCAGGCUGCCUUCAUGGCCGACGAAUCCGUGGAGAGCGUCCCUGGACUCACUCCCAUCCAGUACACCGGGAAGCACUAUGCCCUGUACCUGGCCAAGGUGUCGGAACGAGCUCGCGCGCUCAACAGAGUGGACAGCAGACAGGACUGGACGCCUCACUCAGUGGAACUGUGUCUGUGGACCUGGGCCGUGGGCCAGAAGCUGCAGCCGUCACUAAUGGAGGGGAUCAGCACGGGAGAGAAGAGGCCAGCUGUGGAGUCUGAGCCCAGUGGCAGCUCAGUCAAGAGACGGAAAACCAAGCAGGACUCUGCUCCUUCCAAAGAAGCCUCUGUAUAACACACCAGGGCUUCAGGAUAGGGAGUGCUGACGUACAGAAAAUGCAGAUGUUUUGUGAAUGACUUGUGUUUGCAUGGAAGAAAUUCACCAAGAAUAAAAGACGUUUGUGCACCAAAAA